AUGGAGCUCAAGCUGGUCGCGUUUCUGCUUCUCCUGCUCCAGCUCGCGGCAGCUCGAACCUUGCGGUCGACCAAGGCGAUCCGUAACAAGGCACAGCUACAACCGGCUGUAUUCCAGCAAGCAGACGUAGAUCCCUCGCUAUUGUACCCUGCUCACAACCUAUCGGUGCCCAUCGAUCACUUCCACAACGAAUCGAGAUACGAACCGCAUAGCGAUGGAACGUUCAAUCUCCGCUACUGGUUUGAUGCUAGCCAUUACAAGGCAGGUGGCCCAGUUAUCAUAAUUGCGGCGGGGGAAACCGAUGGGAGCGACCGCCUGCCGUAUCUCCAGAAAGGAAUCCUUGCUCAACUCGCGCAAGCGACAAAUGGUAUUGGUGUUGUGCUUGAGCACCGGUACUAUGGACAGAGCUUUCCCACUCCUGAUCUCUCGACUGAAAGUCUCCGCUUCUUGACCACGGAGCAGGCAUUGGCGGAUACUGCCUUCUUUGCCCGGAAUGUCGUCUUUGAGGGACUCGAGGAUCAUAACCUCACCGCGCCAAAUGUCCCGCAUAUUAUCUACGGUGGCUCCUACGCAGGUGCAUUCGCCGCACUCUCGAGAGUCAUUUAUCCCGACGUCUUCUUUGGAGCAAUCUCAUCGUCUGGGGUGACAAAGGCCGUCUAUGAUUAUUGGGAAUACUUCGAACCAAUUCGACAGUUUGGCCCUCAGGAUUGUAUUGCGACUACGCAAAAAUUCGUCCAUAUCCUAGACAACUUCCUCGGCAAGAAUGACUCUACUCACGUAGAAGAAUAUAAGGAUUUGUUCGGACUGGGAAACCUCACUUAUGCUAACGACUUUGCGAAUCUCCUGUCCUCUCCGCUUGGAGCGUGGCAGAACCGAAACUGGGACCCAGCACUGAAUGACCCGACUUUCUCGUACUACUGUGGAAACAUCACCUCCAGCUCGUUGCUCUACGCUGCGACGGAGAAGAAGGAAUCUGCGGCCCUUCGAUUGAUCUCGGCUGGAGGAUACAAGAACGAAUCUUCGACUCUGACCCACCGUCUGCUCAAUUUUGUCGGAUAUCUCAAUUUGACCCAGGUGGGACCGUGUUUAAGCGGAGGUUCCAGCGCCGACGCCUGUUUCUCUGAGCACAUAGUGGAUAGCUAUACCAAGGAUGAUCUCAAUCAAACAUGGAGAAGCUGGGAUUAUCAAUGGUGUACACAAUGGGGCUUUGUUAUCACCGGCAGCGGUGUCCCCCGUAACCAACUCCCCUUGAUUUCCCGCUCGAUUGACAUCCCGUAUUACACAAUACCAUGCCGGUACGCUUUCAAUAUCACUAGUCCUCCUGAUACCGAAUCCAUCAACAAAUAUGGGGGCUGGAACAUCAGUUAUCCCCGCCUGGCUAUUAUCGACGGACAAGCAGACCCGUGGAGACCUGCCACGCCCCAUGCGGAUCAGGCCCCGAAGAGACCCAAUACGGUGGACAAGCCAUUCAUUCUUAUCGAAGGUGCCGUACAUCACUGGGAUGAGAACGGACUUUUCCCGAACGAGACGACCUCCACACUCCCACCGAAGCCUAUAGCCAACACUCAAAAGGAAGAACUUAAGUUUGUGAAGGAGUGGCUUCAAGAAUGGGAGCCCAUGCUUACAUGUGCUCUGCAGUGA